UAAAAUAUAUUUAGUUAUUCAUAAAAUGCGAUUUCAUGUGUUUAAUACAAACGCAUAAACAGUAUAGUUCUUAUCUAAACUUUUUCAAGCCGGGACUGCAUACCGACUGGGUGUUUUCAAGUGGUUAAAGUGUUUUUUUUUACAGUGGAAUUCCUUCGCGUCGCAGGGUCACAUACGCCCAGCUUGAGCAGUUGUGGGAAUUCCUAAAUAGAAAUAGGCAUAUUGCCACAGGUUUCAAUAAAACUGCUCAAGCUAGGGAAUUCUCUAAGAGAAUGUGGGAGGAAAUUACGCAAACUUUAAAUUCUCAUGGAGAUGGAGCCAUAAAGGACUGGAAAGGAUGGUGCAAAUAUUGGAAUGAUUACAAAUCAAAAUUAAAAAAAAUGACAGCAGCGCUGAGGGUUUCCCAGCAGCGGACCGGAGGUGGUCCAUCCCAAGUCAGGGAAAUGAAUGAAAUAGAAAAAAAAAUUUUAAACUUGUUGGGAGAAGACUUUGGUCAAGGUGUACCAGGAGCAAGAGUGGAGCCAUUUGAAGAGGUCACUGAAGUUGGAAUAACUGAUGCUGAGAUGAGUGAGACACCCUUGAUAAUAAUUACACAGGCUGUAGAAAGUUCUGAGGUGUCUCAGAGCACUUUAAUGCCAGAACCUGUGCCAGGACCAUCCAGCACAAUAAUGCCUCCACCAAAUGAUGCUCCCGGUCCUGAAGGUACAGCACACGCAACGGGUGCAGCGCAGGCCGAGGAGUCGCCCUCGGCGGGCGCGCCGCAGACUCCUCCGCGCGGGUCGCCCACCGCGCGCCGCGAGCGCACCACCCACCCGCCGCCGGAGAAUCUUCUCCCCCCGCCGCCGGAGGGUGCCUGCGGAGCCACCUAUGACGCAGCAAGCAGCUCGGCGUUUGCUUGUGCAAAUGUCAAAUAG